AAUCUCUGCCACCCAAGUGGUGGGAUUAUAGACUUGAACCACGGAGCCUGGCCCAUUUUUGUUUGGUGAUGCUAGGGAUUGAACCCAGGGUGUCACAAAUGACUAGGCAAGUGCUCUGCUAGUGAGACACACCCCCAGCCCUGAAAUUUAGCAAGUUUUCUGUUCAACUGUCUCUAAGCCUGAUGCUGUCUCAUGGUUGAACCUUAAGAAUAAAAAAAUGUCUGUUGCAGGCUCUUCCAGCUGUGAUUGACCUUCACUUACAUAGAGUGGGAACAGAGCAUUACCAGGUUGGUGAAUAACGAAGCAACUCAUUCCUUUCAGGGCAUUCACACUGCUGUCCCAUUUUCAAACUAUUUGAGGACUGCAUCAUCCUGCCUCCAGUACCAGCAAUUUCUCUGACCAAUGUGAUUCAUAGGAACUUCUUAAGUAAUAAACGAAAUGAGCCCAGGGCGUGGAAAAUAUGACUUUUAUAUCGGUCUGGGAUUGGCUAUGACCUCCAGCAUUUUUAUUGGAGGGAGUUUCAUUUUGAAAAAAAAAGGUCUUUUGCGACUUGCUAGAAAAGGUUCCAUGAGAGCAGGUCAAGGCGGCCAUGCAUAUCUUAAAGAAUGGUUAUGGUGGGCUGGACUACUAUCAAUGGGAGCUGGUGAGGUGGCCAACUUUGCUGCAUAUGCAUUUGCACCAGCCACACUAGUGACUCCGCUAGGAGCUCUCAGCGUCCUCGUAAGUGCCAUUCUUUCUUCAUACUUUCUAAAUGAAAGACUUAAUCUUCAUGGGAAAAUUGGGUGUUUGCUAAGUAUUCUUGGAUCUACAGUAAUGGUCAUACAUGCUCCAAAAGAAGAGGAGAUUGAGACCUUAAAUGAAAUGUCACACAAGUUAGGUGAUCCAGGUUUUGUGGUCUUUGCAACACUUGUGGUCAUUGUGUCAUUGAUCCUAAUCUUUGUGGUUGGACCUCGCCAUGGACAGACAAACAUUCUUGUGUACAUAACAAUAUGCUCUGUGAUUGGAGCAUUUUCAGUCUCUUGUGUGAAAGGCUUGGGCAUCGCCAUCAAAGAGCUGUUGGCUGCAAAGCCUGUGCUGCGGCACCCCCUGGCCUGGAUUCUGCUGCUGAGCCUUGUGGUCUGUGUGAGCACACAGAUUAAUUACCUAAAUCGGGCCCUGGACAUAUUCAACACAUCCAUCGUAACUCCAAUAUAUUACGUAUUCUUCACAACUUCAGUUUUAACUUGUUCAGCUAUUCUUUUUAAGGAAUGGCAAGGUAUGCCUGUUGAUGAUAUCAUUGGGACUCUGAGUGGCUUCUUCACAAUUAUUGUGGGGAUAUUUUUGUUGCAUGCCUUUAAAGACGUCAACUUUAGUCUAGCAAGUCUGCCUGUGUCUUUUCGAAAAGAUGAAAAAGCAGUGAAUGGCAAUCUCUCUAAUAUGUAUGAAGUUCUUAAUAAUAAUGAAGAAGGCUUAUCCUGUGGAGUGGAACAACACACUGGUGAAAAUAUCUCCCGGAGAAAUGGAAAUCUGGCAGCUUUUUAAGAAAGAUGUGAUUAAAAGGUUAAUGUGUAAUUAUGUUAUAAAGUGAUUCUGAAUAUCAGAAAGUGUCUGAAAAAGCAUUGUCCUCAAAUAAUGUUCUCUGAAGACAAUCUUUUUUAAGGUUUCACUGAUUUGGACCAAGAAAUUACUUUUCUUAUAUUUAAACAGUGGUAGCUUAGAUGUGGUCACUUUGAACAACCCCUGUUAUGGCUGAUUUCUGAUAACAUUGUAUUAUUGUAGAGGUAUUUUACAUUUUGAUUCUUUCUCCAAAAUCUAAAUGCACUAAUGACAAGUUUUAAGUCUAUAAAAAUGCUUUAUUUUUUCAUUGGUGAUGAAGGUCUGAAAUGUAUAUUUGUCAUCCCCAUUUCAUCAAUCCCUGACCAUAAGGAUUCUUGAUUGUAAAAAAGAACAAACUUGCCCCAAUACAUUAUCCUCUGAUUUAUCUUAUCUAUAAAAUUGACUCAUGUUUGGUAAAUUACUUUAAUUUUGAGAUGUUACUUUAAGGGUACCCUAAGUUACUAAAUGAAGGGAACUCAUUUGUAAAAGAAAAAAGGAUAGGCUAUCACCCCAAAGAAUAUCUCUCAGGCUGUGACUUGCCACCAUGCAUCGAGUUUCCCAUAUGCAUCUAAUGGCCUUUUUUAAAAAGCACCUUGUUAAGUGCACCCUGUGUCUUUGGGCUGGGUUCUACUUUGCAGCCCAGAUGGUUUAUUCCUGGUCCAUGGUGCCUGGAACCUUGAUUACCACUUUACAUCAGAUCUUGUACUUUUUAAUGUAUUUUCAUAAUGAGCUAUUUUAUCAUGUAGACCUUUUAACAACUCUGGGAAAUACAAUCAGAAGACUAGGGUGAUUUCUUAAAUUUUGCUCAUAAAAAGAUCAGUUGAAACAGCUUCUAUUUCUAAGUCCAGAUGCUUAGAACAGACUUAAAGUGUUUGUAAAAUAUGGUCUUUUUGUACCACACACUUUACUUUGCUCAGGAGAGUUUUGACCAUUAUACAUUUUGGUCUUUUAGAAAAUCUUUAUGAAAAAAUGUUUCAACAAGUACAAAAAAAGAUAGGACAGUAUAAUGAGCCCUGUCCAGCUUUGAAAUCUACCCACUUUACCAAUGGCCAUAAAAAAAAAGUAUUGACAAUCCUCUCCCCCAACAGCUUCCAGGUGGCGGGAAAGCAGAGGCUUGGGCCUGUCCCUGAUUGCUGCUCCUGCCUGGGCUGCAUGGUGGCUCAUCAGAGUUGAGCCACCCAGUCUCUCACAGCAGUAGUGCUGAUGUUCCAUGCAGCUCUCCAUUAGCCUCACAUUAGGGUUAAGUUUCCAAGUUUCAUGAACAAAUUUCUUUUUCCGGCUUUGAUUUCUUACUGGCACUCAAAGGAGCUAUUGCAUUUCUUCCUG